AUGUGCGGCUUCAACUUCGUGGUCUUCCAGUUCAUCACGGCGCACCUCAAGGGCGACCCGCAGUAUGUAGAGCUGUUGCCGGAGCGCAUUCCUACGGCGCAUACAGCCUGCUUUGCUUGCAGCAUCGUCCACCUUAUCGCAAUGCUCAUAUCGCUGGCGUAUCUGCGGGGCUACAUAAAGUUCGACCCGUUCGAGAGGCCAAUGCGAUUCAUCAGGUCGACCGUCGGCCUAAGCCCCGUAUCUGGGCCCAUGAGGUACCGCAAGAUAACCGAAAAUGGAACGGCGCUGCCGGAGAGCUCGAACGACGCAGACACGGAUUGCAGCGAAAGCCACUACUUGCAGUAG